UGUAAACAGUGCGAGUACUGAAAGCCGAAAAUGAACACCAUGGAAUACGAGGUAUGGAUGGAAUCCCAUGCAGACGAAUGCAGUGCGAAUCACAUUGGAAGUGCCGGAAAAAUGGAGGUGGACGCGGCUGUCGAAAUGUUCUCAAGAUCAGAAGAAUUACACAACAUUAGAUAUUCUUCAUAUAUUAGUGACGGCGAUAGUAAAACUUUUAAAGGCAUUUUCAAAUCUCGACCUUAUGGUGAAGAUUGCACUGUAUUGAAAAAAGAAUGCGUUGGUCACGUACAAAAAAGAAUGGGAGCCCGACUUCGGAAAUUGAAAAAAGAAACGAAAGGCCUCAGUGGUAAAGACAAGCUCACAGCAAAGCUCAUUGAUGAGCUGAGUCUUUUUUACGGCCUCGCAAUACGAAGAAAUAAAGAUUCCGCAGAAGACAUGAAGACGGCAAUCUGGGCUAUGUUGAAGCAUAAAUUGUCGACCGAUACAAAUCCGCAGCACGAUAGCUGUCCGCCUGGGGAUGACAGCUGGUGUACCUGGCAGAAAGCAAAGGCUCAGGGCAAACUGGCCGAGUAUUCACAUAAACCGGCUCUCAGCGAUUACGUGUUGAGCGCAAUCACUCCUAUCUACGAAGAGCUAAGCAGCGAAAAUUUACUACAGCGGUGCAUAAGAGGGUUUACGCAAAAUAACAAUGAAAGUCUCAACGCUUUCAUAUGGUCGUUUGCUCCAAAGCGAGUGUUCAGCGGCGCAAAGACGGUAGAAAUUGCAUCAUAUUUGGCAGCGGGCAUUUUCAACGAAGGUUUCGAGAGUCUUCUAAAAAUGAUGCACAUUAUGAAUAUAAUAAUUGGACCAAAUGCCGUUGCAUUGUGCACAGAGGUGGAUGACACCAGGAUUCCAAUUGCCGACGCGCGAUCAUUCGAGGCCUCAAAAAAGGGAAGAAUCGAAAGAAGAGCGAUGAGAUCGGCUCUUGAAGAAGAUUUUUAUGAAGAGGAAGGUCCUUUAUGAGGCAGGAAUGGCAGAUUAAGAACGACUGGUUUUCGCGAAAUCACGUACACCAUCCGAUCAUGCGUGAAAAUCAUAGGGAUGCACGAAGCGGCUUUACUCGACGAGUUUUAUAUUCUUUUGGACAACAAAAUUUUGACACGUUCUUCAAUGUGUAUAGAAGAUAAUAAAAAAAAAUUACUGGU